UCAUGACCCUCUUUCCAAACCCGGCCUGUCGCAAGGAGAACUCCGCAACUCCUCCGCAGUAGUCAGCGGUUGGGUGACCUUGGUCUCUUCUCAUUUUUACUAUAAAUCUCCGAACACAUCGCAAAGGAGGAUCUCUAGAUCCUAAGCCGUCAGUGUCGAUCGAAUAUGCCCGAAUUUUAGGCGUUUAAAUCUACCUCCGCCACCUCCGCAUUAACAGACUCACUCACUGCUUUCGUCGAACGGGAAAGCGGACAAGCACAUUUGAUGAUUUGAACUUGUUCUUUGUCUUACUUGUAUAAGAAGAAGAACUCUCCACUUAGCCAGAGAAUUUCAGUGAAGCUCAAGGGGUUGUGCAGACGUACAUACUAGGGUUUCCUUGUUCUCCUUCUCUUUCCGCUCUAUGCUACUUCUGUAAAUAAUGGCAGCCAGUUCCAGAGGCUUUGCUGCUCCAUUUGAUCUUAAGCUUAGAGGGUUUGACAUUUCCCCUCCUCUGCAUCAUCAAGGAUUGGAUUUCCGCAAGAAGAAGGGGGAACGCAGCGGUGGUGGUGGCGAGGGACACUGGUUUUGUCGAAUCGACUGCUCUUGUUCCGACUCCGUCACUCCGAUGCGAACCAAGUCCGGGUCGGGUAAGGGCGUCGACAAUGCUGAGGAAUGGCGGUACGAACGCAAGAAUUCCCCUCUUAGAGUCCGUGUCCAAGCAAUGCCUGCAUUGCCCUUUGCCUCGCCCCGAAGGCGUGGUGUUUCCAAACUAGAAGAAUUCUAUCCUCGGUGUAGCCCAAGAAAUUCUGCUCCACAAUCUCGUGAUACUCCACCUAAAAGAGACACUGGCAUUGCUAAUGAGGAGGAUUGGGGCAUCAACUUGUUGAAUGAAAACAUCAAUGAAUCUGGUACUAAUGAAGAUGGGAGUACUUGGUAUCGGGAAAGUGGAGAGGACCUUGGAGAAAAUGGAUACAGAUGCCGUUGGACAAGGAUGGGUGGUCAAAGUCAUGAUGGUUCCUCACAAUGGAAAGAGACCUGGUGGGAGAAGAGUGACUGGACUGGAUACAAGGAGCUAGGAGUGGAGAAAUCUGGAAAAAAUGCUGAAGGAGAUUCAUGGUGGGAGACAUGGCAAGAAGUUCUUUAUCAAGAUGAAUGGAGUAACCUGGCAAGGAUAGAGAGGAGUGCACAGAAACAAGCAAAAUCCAGCACUGGAAAUGCUGGAUGGUAUGAGAAAUGGUGGGAAAAGUAUGAUGCAAAAGGUUGGACAGAGAAGGGAGCACACAAAUAUGGUAGACUGAAUGAGCAAUCCUGGUGGGAGAAGUGGGGGGAGCACUAUGACGGAAGAGGAUCUGUCCUGAAAUGGACGGAUAAAUGGGCAGAGACUGAACUUGGAACAAAAUGGGGAGAUAAAUGGGAAGAGAAAUUUUUUGCAGGCAUAGGUUCACGUCAAGGGGAAACAUGGCAUGUGUCACCAGCUGGUCAUCGUUGGUCAAGGACAUGGGGGGAAGAGCACUUUGGAAAUGGGUAUGCAACUCAAAACCACAUAAUAUCAAAGUGCACAAGUAUGGUAAAAGCACAACAGGUGAAAGCUGGGAUAUUGUUGUGGAUGAGGAAACCUAUUAUGAGGCUGAACCUCAUUACGGAUGGGCAGAUGUUGUGGGCAAUUCAAGCCAGUUGUUAUCAAUCCAACCUCGGGAGAGGCCACCUGGGGUAUACCCGAAUCUUGAAUUUGGACCGUCUCCACCACCUCCAGCGGAUGACUCACCAGAUCUUCCGCCACCUCCACAAUGAUGAUCCACUUGGUGUUUUAAAUAUUCUUCCAAGCAAUUAAAUAUUUAUUGAAUUGCAUUUUAUGGGUAAAGACUUCCUUGUAUCAUAGUGGAACCAUUGCAUUCUUAAUUUUUUUUUAUUCUUUUAUAUAUCAAGAAGUCCAUGCUUUUACUCUGUCCUUGGUUAA